UUCUUUGUUAAGACAUUCACCGGCACUCCCGCAGUCGCAUCCCCGAAGUGAAUUCAGACAGUACCACUUAAGAUUAUCACGAGGAAUACGAUUUUUAGGAGUCUUAUUUAUUGUGAUUUUUUUUUUUAUUUAAUUUACACAUUGAGGUUCUUUCAUAAAGCAGAGAUGUCACUCAGGAAUUUAAUCCCAUUUGCACUCGCUGCGAUACUGUGGAGCUGUGUAUUGGGUCUCCAACGACCAGCUCCAAGAUACUCCCAGCAAUUUAUGCCGGAAACCUCGUUUACCUGUCGCAAUAAGAUCGUGGGUAGCUACUACGCCGAUCCAGAGACAGACUGUCAGUUGUUCCACGUAUGUGUUUCCGUCGCCGGAGUUGUGCAGGAUUAUAAAUUCGUGUGUCCAAACGACACUGCCUUCGACCAGGAAUCGCAAACCUGUGCAGAUUGGUACGACGUCGAUUGCGAGGCUGCGACCCUCUACUACGCCUCCGACAAUUUCGACCUCUACCGCCUGGGUUCAGGUCUAGAGUCAGCCCACUAUGAUUCCCUACGCAGUGAUAGUGAGCCCGUGGAUCAUCUUCAACGAAGUGAGUCCAACGACCCCGUGCGCUCCGCUGCCAACAGUCUGAAUCGCGUCACUCCGACUUACACCCCACAAUCGAACUCCAAUAAUCGGGAAUUCUUGCGUGGCAGUAGCAGCAGUAAUUUUUACAGCAGUCGUAACAAUGUCAAGGACGAGGACUACGACAGCGAGAAGACGUACCAGAGCGAACCCGUUGUCGAGCCCAAGAAGAAGUCUGGAGUGAGAAAAGUCGCCCGAAAACAACAGAGCAAAACCAACAAUGAAGUACCGUCGAGCACAGCAUUGCCGUCGUCAACUGCAAAUUACAAUACUUACAACAACAACAACAACAAUAAUAAUAGAAACUACUAUCAUAAUCACAGAACGUCAUACGACAGCACAACAACAACCCGACCAACACCGGACUACAGCACCAGCUACAACAACCAGAGAACGACUUACGAACCGAUCACAACAAUCCGACCAACGGACUACAACAACAACCAACGUAAUCAGCACCAGAACAUUCAGAAAUACCCGGCACCAUCCAGCGCCAGACCUCCAACAACUCAACAGUAUAAUACCCAUCAAACAGCUAGCACAACAGCUAAGGCGAUACAACAGAACAACAAUUACAACAAACAGAAUACGAAGUAUCCGGCAGUAUCAACUGCGAAGCCAUUCACCUUCAGCCAAAACUACCAGCAGGGAACUUCACCGAGACCAACGACUUACAAUCAGAAUUAUCAGGACAACUAUAGUGCGGCCAAUGGACAAUACAGUAAUAAUAACAAUCAGAGAUCGCAGCACAAUCAGCCUUCACGAGUUCAACCAACGACAACUGCCCCAAGCACGAACUAUCAACAGACUGACUUCACAGGAUUCCAGCAAAGAAAUUACAACAAUAUUCAGCGGUCUACUACUGCCUUCCCUAGCACCACUGCUGCUAGCACUUUUUAUGAUGCCUACAACGCAAAUAAUCAGUUCACUGGAAGGACAAGUGGUGUGACCAAGCAGAAUGCACAGACUACAAGCAAUAAGUUCUAUCAGAGCUUCGCAACAGAUAAUUAUGUGCCAACCACUUAUGCUCCCAUCGCGAAGAAGACGAAUGAGGCCAAUGGUAAGGGAGAAGACAGGUACAAUUCUCAGGAUGCUAAUGGGCAGUUUCCCGAUAAACAGUACAAGCCUGUACCAUUUUUCGAUGUGACCAAAACCGCAAAGAAAGUCACCCAGUACAAUAACUAUGAGAGUACGGCGAAGUACUUCGAGGCGAGCACAGCUAACUAUGAGUUUGGAAAAUCUUCAGCGGGGAUUGGAUUCAGUCCAUCCAGUAUAAAUUUAUUGGCUGAGACAGUGAAAACUACUACGCCAACGUCGAGACGAAAUGGCUCACCCACAACAUACAAUCCCAGCAGUUUUAAUGGUAAUAAUCAUAGGGAUGUACAAGCAACAACCUCGAGAUCGGUAACGUACAACAGCUCAGCUAGACCAUUCUCCACCACUGCCAAGUUCACGGAUGCCACAACAUCGCAGAACAAAUCGUCCAAGAAGAAUGAUUAUGAUUACGCAUAUUACGACAAUGCGGGGGCUCUUGAGUAUGACGGCCUUGAUUUGGAACACGUUGCUGGUGGAAAAGAAUCAUCAAAGAUAUCGAGGAAUUAAGAUAUUAUAAAUUUGAUAGCAUUACAGAGUAACAUGUAUUUUCCUCGAAACAAGCCGCAAAAAUUAUCGCAAUUUUUGAUGGCGUUAAAUUAAAAAUAAUUUGGGACUUGAUUUCAGUGGCCAAUAAGCAUCAGCCUCAUCGCUGAUGGUGAUGUUUUCUGUUCAAUUCAUGAUCAGCGAUCAUUUUUAGUGAGCGAGAUGAUGCAUGAAGACAUUUAACAGAACAUCUUACAAUGAGUACUACAAAGUUUUUUGAUAAAUACGUGUUUCCUAACGCGAAAGAAGAUGUUCAAAUUUCCGAGCGCAGAAUAUCUUGUUUUAAAAAAAUGCUGUGUGUACAAUAUAUUUUCAUUCCCGUUUUUUGUCAAUUAAAUUUCAUGUAUGGAACGCCUUUUUCCAAGGGAUCUUCAUCGUUCUAUUGGCGAUAUUGAUUUUUGUUUUUUUUUUGUUCGUCAGUAUUUAUAGAGUAGAUUUGGAAUUUCAUAUUUUGUUAACACUUAAGGCACUUUGGGACGGUGUAUUAUUGUCAAGUGCAAUUCAGUGGAUGAGUGGUAAUCGCGCAUUGUUUUGGACAAUUCUCCAAACGAAUGGACUGAGAAAAAAAAAUAUGGGUUUUUUUGUUUGCAGAAGGUAAAAGUUGUUUUGUCAAAUUGCAUUUGCCAAAUGUUUGGUACGAAAUAGGUUGAACAAAUUGUUAAAUGGUGCAUCUCCUCAGUGUUUGAAGAUAAUCAUUGGAAUUAAAUAUUUUAACUUGUGAAUUCGUGAUUUUCUUCUCACCGUUUCCUCUGGACGUCUGAACAAAGUACUGACAUCGCUUUGUGUAUCUUGCAGUUCUGUAUCUUCUUACUAUGCGUACUGAAUGUAUAUAUUAUGAAUAUUUUAAUUAAUAACAAAAUGCAUAAAAUGAGCAACAA